GAAACGGCUCGAGUAAAGCUCGAUUUCCCUUCAUUCUCGCCGCGGUCGCGCAUCGCCAUGCGUAGGAUCGAAGCUUUCGCAUAAGCUACGGAAACCCGUUUGGUUGCCGAGGAACAUGCGGAACAAGGAGGAGCCGAAGGUUCUGGCUAUCGAGUAAAAGGUGACGCCUUUUUGACCUCCUCCGAUUUUCGUCUGUCAGCAGGUUGCCACCGGUGGCGGUAGAGGCUUCUUUCGAUAUCGCUGUCGUCCCGUUCUUGGGAGUGUUUUCUUUCUUAUGGUGUCUGAGCUUUAGCUCUUCCGGCGGCCCCUUAGAAUCCCAGGUGCCGAAAGUUUCGGACGAUGGCUAAUAUGGGCUUUCCCAGUUUGAAACCCAUUUGCAAAUUCACCGUCCCUUGUUCGAAAUGGCUGUCAUUUAAAUCCCACGCUGCACGUUCGAAGUAUCCUGCUCAAGUUCACGUUAGAGCAUCGCGCCCAUCUCUUGAUGCCAUCUACUGCUCCAAAGAGUCAGGAUCUCUCGAGUAUGCGGAAAAGUAUCAGAGGUGGCUGGCCCCUGUAUCAAUCUCUGGCGCUACCGGUUACCUGAGGAAACCCACCACCAAUGGGUUCUCUCCAAAACUACCCCGCGCGUGCUGUGGACGUAAUUUCUCCCCCUUUUUGGCGAGCCCCGUGUUGGAUUCUCGGUCAUUUGCGUCGUAUUUCGGCGGCAAACGAGAUACGCCCGAGGAAUCGGAAGUGUCGGCCGUUUCUGGGGCGGGCGAAGUGGGUGAUGGGGACAGUGUGGUUGUCUCGAGUGAGUGGCUCGAUAAGAUUAGAGAAGCUUGGCACGGCGCCGCUGAUGUGGCUGGUCACACAGGGGAAAAGGUUAAGGAGGUAUCUGAUGAAUUGACUCCUUAUGUGCAGCAGGUGCUCGAUUCGCACCCGUAUGUUAAGAAUGUUUUUAUGCCGAUCGGCCUUACUUUGACCGGCACUCUAUUGGCAUGGGUUGUGAUGCCUAGAAUAUUGAGGAGAUUUCACAAGUAUGCUACACAAGGUCAGGCUGCUUUGCUAUCGGGAACCCCUUUGGGAGAAGAAGUUCCUUAUGACAAAAGCUUCUGGGGGGCCCUAGAGGAUCCUGUGAGAUAUCUCAUCACCUUCAUGGCAUUUUGGCAGAUCGCCAUGAUGGUUGCUCCCACAACUGUAGCAUCUCAAUACAUCGGGCAAGCAUGGAGGGGUGCAGUUAUUCUUUCAUUUGUAUGGUUCUUGCAUCGCUGGAAAACAAGUGCAUUCUCUCGUGCAUUAGCAAUCAAGAGUAUGGCAGGGCUUGAUCGAGAAAAAAUGCUUGCACUAGACCGACUUUCAUCUAUAGGGCUGUUUGUAAUUGGGUUGAUGGCUUUAGCAGAAGCAUGUGGGGUGGCUGUGCAAUCUAUCAUUACAGUUGGUGGUAUAGGAGGUGUAGCAACUGCUUUUGCUGCAAGAGAUAUACUCGGAAAUGUGCUUAGUGGCUUGUCUAUGCAGUUUUCGAAGCCCUUUUCGCUUGGAGAUACAAUAAAAGCUGGAUCUAUAGAAGGUCAAGUCGUGGAAAUGGGGCUUACGACCACAUCGCUGCUUAGUGCCGAGAAAUUUCCUGUCAUUGUUCCAAAUUCGUUGUUUUCUAGCCAGGUGAUUGUAAAUAAGUCGCGUGCUGAAUGGCGUGCCAUAGUCACCAAAAUCCCUUUGCAAAGUGAUGAUCUGGAGAAGAUUCCACCGAUAUCAAAUGACAUUAAGAAUAUGCUGAAAUCACACCCAAAAGUUUUCUUGGGUAAAGAAGUCCCUUUCUGUUUCCUGUCACAAGUGGAAAGUUCUUAUGUGGAAUUGACUCUUGGUUGUAAUCUCAAACACAUGGGUAGAGAAGAGUUCUACACCACACAACAAGAUAUCCUUCUUCAGUCUGUCCAGAUAAUUAAGCAGCAUGGUGCUAGACUAGGCAGCAGAAUGCAAGAAAUGACUGUUCGAUGACACAGCGAGGAAGAAUGCGAGUUUCCAUUUGGAGGUGAGACACAAGUUAUGUAAUUGCUUGAGUUAUUCAUCAAACAGCUCAAAAGAGUUAUCCCAAGGUAUCUAAUUGGUAUCUAAUUUCUUGAAGCUUUGUCUUGCUGACAGUUCACCUUGCUGCAAGGACCGUGUAAAGAUUGAAAGCCUGAUUUUUUUUGUGCCC